AUGAAAGCCAGUUGAGAUAGGCAAGCGCAGUCGCCGGCCCAUUCCUAAAUCUCUUCCUCCUUUUGUAUCCCAAAAUCCCCCCUCCAGCUCUAGGGUUUGUUAAGUUUCCCUCACCCUCCGGCCUCCGCCCUUCACCGGCUAUUUAUGCAGGCAUCUCACAAUCUGAAACCACCGCAUCAAACCUCAAAAAUGGAGGCAGACAAGGCGGUGGAAGCAGGCCUCUCCCUGAUAAAGCAACUGGCCUCAUGCAACAAAAGCAGCCGAGACAGAGCCCUUAGGGUCCUGCUCAAAACAUGGCUGCCGGCGCAACUCAACCUCCAAGAUGACCACAUGAAGAAGCUCUGGAAAGGCCUUUUCUACUGCCUGUGGCACGCCGACAAGGUCCCGGUCCAGACCCAGCUCAUCGAUCGUCUCUCCUCUCUGGUCCUCAGCCUCCACCUCCAGCUCUCCCUCCACUACUUCUCGGUGUUUUUGCACACCAUGCGCCGCGAGUGGCCCGGCAUCGACGCCCUGAGGUUAGACAAGUUCUACUUAUCGAUUCGCAGAUUUAUGACUAGUUUCUUUACUUUGAUGAAAAAUAAUUUGUGGGAUUUGGAGCUUGUGAAACGUUUGAUGGGUGUGUUGGAGGAGAGGACAUUUUUUGCGGAUGAUAAGUGUUUGGGGAAUGGGGUUAAUUACCACAUUGCCUCGGUUUUUCUCGAAGAGCUUAGGCCAUUUCUUCCGAUUAAGGCUGAAGUUCUUGAGGUUUUGUUAGUGGGUUUUAUUCGAGUUUCUGCCAAAGUGCCCGAUAAGGUGUUGUUGGGGAAGAUUAAGAGUAAUUUGUUUGACGUGCUGCUCGGGGCGGCGAAGAGGCUGUUGGAGGUUAAGAAGUCGGGGGAGGACUUGGAUUCGAGUGAUGAGUUUGUUGUCUUCGGGACAGUUGCGCUGAAAAUGGGGUUUGCAAGCAAGUUUUAUGAAUCGGGGUCUUCACCUGAGUGCUGCCAGGGGAAUAGGAAAGUGUUGUUUGGCUUGCACGAGGAGUUUUUGAUGUUGGAGAAAGAGUUGGAAUCUUCUGGGGUUGAGAUUUCUCUUCCUGAUGUUGUUUGUCAUGAUGAUGAGGAGGUGCCGGAUUUGGUGCCUCUUGCUGGUGAGGAGAUGGAUGUAAGUAACUCGGAGCCUGCUGAGAUUGUCAUUGCCAAUGGGUCUGCUGGAAAGCGUUUGAAGAAGUGCAAGAAGAAUGAGAAGGACACUGGUGGUGCUGAUACAAAGGCAGAGAAGAAAAAGAAGAAGAAAAAAAAGAAUAAGGAGGGGAAUGGGAGUUUGGAUUCAGACUCUGAAAAGAACUCUACGGAUAGGGAUAAUGAGAAUGUAGCUGCAAAUGGUGAGAUUUCAGAUGAUCAGGAGGUCACUGAUGCCGAUGCUUUUAAACUUGAUGAUAAUGUGAUAUCGAACUUGCAGAUGCAGUUUGAGAAGAUUGCUGCUGAAGCUGGCUUGGAUGACGAUGUUCCAAGUGCCUGUGAUAUGCCUUUAGUUUCAGAUAAGGGUCCUAUCUCUAAGAAGAGAAAGAGAAUGAAGAAAUCUAUUGAAGAAGAUGCCGAGGGUGGCACUAAUGCAAAGAGUGGGGAGAAGAGUGCAAGGAAGGUAAAGUUUUCCAUGAAAAACAAUUUGGUGUGGAAACCCCAAAGCCCUUUACCUCCGCAAGAUUUAAGACUGCCUCCUUCAGCUACACCGAGAGGAAGUGCACUCAAGAAAGGAGUACCGCCAGGUCCGAUUUGGGAAAUGCCUACACCUACUAAGAAGGUGAAAAUGGUAAGAGUUGUUGCUGUCAAGAAGGCACGGAAGUCUGUCAAACGAGUAAAGAAGUUGAAAUCUCGUCCUACUUAAAAAUCUUUUUGUAUGAUCAUUUUUUAGCUGGAGUUUUUUAUUUUUUAUUUUUGUUCUGUUUUUGUUGUUCCAUGCACAAACAGUUGCCCGAUAUGUCCUCUUUCUCGUUGCCUAUGCUAUAUUGAGUUUAUUCAUAAAGUUAAUUCUGACAACGAUAUUGGGUUGGCUUAUUCAUAAAAUUGAUUGCAAUGAUGCAUUGGUACA